ACCUGUGAGAAGGACGGGAUGGAUAGUAGCAUUCACCUGAGUAGUUUAAUCAGUCGACAUGAUGAUGAAGCCACAAGAACAUCUACCUCAGAGGGGCUGGAGGAAGGGGAAGUGGAAGGGGAGACUCUCCUGAUUGUGGAAUCAGAAGAUCAGGCUUCUGUGGACUUAUCUCAUGAUCAGAGUGGGGACUCCCUCAACAGUGAUGAAGGAGAGGGGUCAUGGAUGGAAGAGCAGCUGUCCUACUUUUGUGACAAGUGCCAAAAAUGGAUUCCAGCCAGUCAGCUUAGGGAACAGCUAAGUUACCUUAAGGGCGAUAACUUUUUUAGAUUUACUUGUUCAGAUUGCUCAGAAGAUGGUAAGGAGCAGUAUGAAAGGCUGAAACUGACAUGGCAGCAAGUUGUCAUGUUGGCAAUGUACAACCUGUCACUGGAAGGAAGUGGACGUCAAGGUUAUUUCAGGUGGAAAGAAGAUAUUUGUGCUUUCAUUGAAAAACACUGGACAUUUUUACUAGGGAAUAGGAAAAAGACAUCGACCUGGUGGAGCACUGUAGCCGGUUGCCUGAGUGUGGGCAGUCCUAUGUACUUUCGAUCAGGUGCUCAGGAAUUUGGAGAACCAGGAUGGUGGAAACUUGUUCACAACAGGCCCCCAACAAUGAAACCUGAAGGAGAGAAAUUGUCAACUUUGAAAGUGAAAGCCUCAAAACCAACAUUAGAUCCCAUCAUUACCGUGGAGGGACUUAGAAAACGAGCCAGUCGGAAUCCUGUAGAAUCUGCCAUGGAAUUAAAAGAGAAACGGUCUCGAACUCAAGAAGCCAAAGAUAUUAGAAGAGCCCAGAAGGAAGCUGCUGGCUUCCUUGACAGAAGCACUUCUUCUACCCCUGUAAAGCUCAUAAGCCGAGUUCGUAGGACUGACUCUAUACUGGAAAAAGGAGAAGUGAUUGACUUUUCGUCCUUGAGCUCCUCUGACCGCACCCCGCUGACAAGCCCAUCUCCUUCUCCCUCUCUGGACUUCUCAGCCCCCGGGACCCCUGCCUCUCACUCAGCCACACCUAGCUUGCUCUCAGAAGCAGAUCUGAUCCCAGAUGUGAUGCCACCACAAGCCUUGUUUCAUGAUGAUGAUGAGAUGGAAGGAGAUGGAGUCAUAGACCCAGGGAUGGAGUACAUUCCGCCACCAGCAGGGUCAGCCCCUUCGGGGACAGUGGCUGGAGGAAGAAAAAAGGUCAGAGCUCCUGAACAGAUAAAGCAGGAGAUAGAAAGUGAGGAGGAAAAGCCUGAUAGAAUGGACAUUGACAGUGAAGACACAGAUUCCAACACAUCUUUGCAAACAAGGGCUCGGGAAAAGAGGAAGCCUCAAGUGGAGAAGGACAGGAAACCCAAAGGACCCAGGUACACCCCUGUGAGUAUCUAUGAGGAAAAGCUGCUCCUCAAGAGACUGGAAGCCUGUCCGACCGCUGUUGCCAUGACACCAGAAGCUCGGAGACUGAAACGAAAAUUGAUUGUCAGACAAGCAAAAAGGGAUCGGGGAUUGCCACUCUUUGACUUGGAUCAAGUUGUUAAUGCUGCUCUUCUGUUAGUUGAUGGAAUUUAUGGAGCCAAAGAAGGAGGAGUUUCCCGGCUUCAACCAGGGCAAGCCACAUACAGAACAACCUGUCAGGACUUCAGAAUCCUUGAUCGAUACCAGACUUCAUUGCCAUCUCGGAAAGGAUUUCGGCAUCAGACCACUAAGUUUUUGUAUCGUUUGGUGGGAUCAGAAGAUAUAGCUGUGGACCAGAGUAUUGUCAGCCCUUAUACUUCUCGGAUCUUGAAACCUUAUAUCAGGCGUGAUUAUGAAACUAAGCCACCCAAACUACAGCUCCUGUCACAGAUUCGAUCCCACCUGCACAAGAGUGACCCUCACUGGACACCAGAGCCAGAUGCGCCUCUCGAUUAUUGCUACGUCCGGCCAAAUCACAUCCCAACAAUAAAUUCUAUGUGUCAGGAAUUUUUCUGGCCUGGCAUUGACCUGUCUGAGUGCCUGCAGUAUCCAGACUUCAGUGUUGUUGUUCUUUAUAAAAAAGUCAUCAUUGCUUUUGGCUUCAUGGUUCCCGAUGUGAAGUACAAUGAAGCUUACAUUUCAUUUCUCUUUGUUCAUCCUGAAUGGAGAAGAGCAGGAAUUGCAACUUUCAUGAUUUAUCACUUGAUUCAGACCUGCAUGGGCAAGGAUGUAACGCUUCACGUCUCAGCAAGCAACCCCGCCAUGCUGCUAUACCAGAAGUUUGGAUUCAAGACUGAAGAAUAUGUUUUAGAUUUUUAUGAUAAGUACUACCCCCUGGAGAGUACAGAAUGUAAACAUGCAUUCUUUUUGAGGCUCCGGCGUUGAUGUGAAUGCAGCUCUUUGUGGAGAAAUACAUGCGCUCUUAGAGAUUGAUCUUCACAUAAAUCUCUGGUUGUUUGCAUCCCAGUAUAUGCUGUACUUAGACAUUCAUUCAGUUUUCAGUGAGAUGAGAAAAGCAGUAGGCAGUGGAUGAGUAGGGAACCGCUUCUGUUCUUCCUGGAGUGGCCUUUGACCUACAUUUUGGGAUUCCACAGUCAGCUAAAACUCAAAGUCACUGCUGUCUUCUUUCCUCCUGACAGUUUGUAGGAGUGAAGAAUAUCUAAGUGAAUAGUCUCAGCAAACGAGGUUUGGUUGUAAUUUAAAGGACACAGAAAGUGAGAUAACUAUUGAAGAACAUAUCAGAAAAAUCGUGCCUUUCAGUCAUGAUGAAAGAUAAUGAGAUGAUUAUAUAAAGGGAGGCCAACCCUUUCCCCAGCCAUUGCUGUUUUGUUACUCCAAGAGGACUGCAAGGACACUGAAAUGCUUUUGUCUCUGACUUUGAUCAUAGUUAAAAUAAAAUGUUUGUGUCUACA